AUGGCGCAGCAUAACCCCAUCAAAGUCCCAUCACAGACGGUUGGUGUUGCGCUGUCUGGGCUGUAUCAUAGCUCCAAGGUCGAUGAGAAAUUCAAACGUACCAUUUCAGAUAUUUAG